AUGAUUCGGCGAGCGAAGCUGCCAGGAUGCGCCGCCGCACCCGCCAACACGUUCUCGGUAGGAUACGUGUAUGUGCGCUGGAAUAAAUCACAGCUCGUCGGAGAUGGCAACAGCGCUGACCAUACGGGCAAGUGGCGCGUUCGAGUGGAAGCCGGUUGCGAGCUGGCAGCUAUACAACCCAAUCCGAUGGGUCAGUAUCGAGGGGAUGAAUGGCUGAUGAACAAAAAGACUACUUACGGGUCAGCAUCGAACUCGACGUCGCAGUCCCUCCAAUCCUGGGAGUCCUUGAUCGAACCAACGAAGCUGAUCGAGUUGGCGAUGUUGCAGAAAUAG